AUCUUGUUCCGAUCUGCAGUCCAUGCAACGAGGCGAUCCAACUUGGGUUGGUUAUAUAUAUGCCUUCUUAAUCUUUUCUGGAGUGCCUUAUGUUGACUGGUUCAAAUGGGAUGGUGCUAAACAUCCCCUUUCAAAUGCACCUGAACCCAAGAGAUGCUUCACUCGUUCAAAGAGCGAAGAUAAAAUGGUUGUUCGCUAUUGUCGGGCUAUUUGUAAGGGGUUGAUUAAAUUUGAUGAGCCUAAAGAAGAACCAUCUGUCUACCUCUUGUGGGGAGAUGAAUCCAACUCUAACGAAAAGUCUGGGCAUUUAGCUUAUAUUCCUGCGCCGAAGCCGAAAUUGACAGGGGAUGCUCAACCAGUGAAAUGGGCCAUGAGAUUGAGGGUGGCUUUGCAUCUGACACAAGCUCUGGAGUACUGUAGCAGCAAAGGGCGUGCAUUGUAUCACGAUCUCAAUGCCUACAGGGUUUUAUUUGAUCAGGAGACCAACUAUGUUCCGAUUACGAGAGGAAACAGAGUUGUCCUAAUGAUUAACGGGUAGAUUAUGCUAAUUUAUUUUCAUCUAUAUAAACUUAUAGA